AUGAGAGCUGAUUUUGUUCACCAUGUUAAGAAAAUGCACGAUAAUAGUGGCUGGGAAUUAAUUAGAAAGAUUGUUCUUGAAGAUGGGGAGGAUGUAAUAACUUCUGAAUUAGAAGAAAUUGGUACUGAAAUUGUUAGAAAUGUGAUGAAUCCUUCUCCUGCAGCGGCGCAGGUCUCGCUCGGUGUAGUUGGAGACACUCGUAUCAUAAAGCACUUUUGUAGAUCUUCCCCGUGGUCAUUAGAGGUGACAUCUAAUAUUUUUUUUCCCCUCUUGUUCUACAAGCUAUUUGAAGAAAAAUGUUCCGCUCUAAGUCAGAUUCCUCCGCGUGACGAUGAUGAUGAUGGCGAUGAUGAUAACGAUGAUGCUGGAUUGGUGAGGCGAAAUAUGUAUCGGAGAAAAAAGAAGAGAAGAGUUGAUGGGGAUGAAAGCUUUUGUGGAGAAAGAAGAUGAGUUGAUGUAUCUUAGUUUUUUUAAAUUUAACUCCUUGUUUAACUUCUUGGAUUAUUAGACUUUAUAAAUAUUUGAGUGUUGAACUUGUAUAAUAUUUUGGAGUCGUUUGAAGAAGAUGUUGAGAACUUUGAAUUUGUUGUAUUGUGAUUUGAUUUCAAUUAUUAAUAUAUGUAUCUGAAAUAGGAUGUGUUGAA